AUGCUUACAACACCCAGCAAUGCUGUGUCCGCUAAAUCGCCCCACGCUACUGUCGCCCAGCUGACGGUACUGAACCAGAUUCCGUACGGAUUGCUGGACCAUCUGAUGCAGGUCUCGGCCACUUGGAAUGCAACGAGCGUAACCGAUCAUGCUUGCCUCAAUCAACUCGGUGUCUUUGCGGCAUCGUUCGAUUCGGGCGAAGCUUGGGCACUAACCAUGUUCGAUUCGUGGGGCAAACAUCCGGCUGGUGUGCUGUUCGGGAAUGUGUUCGCGUUCGGUAACUUUGACCAGUGCCGCCGGUUGGUGCACCAGGGUGCCCUAACGAUGGUGCGCGGUCAGCACUGCACGCUGUAUGUGGAUCUGAGCCAGGCCGGCAUUCCGGUGCCGGCUCCCCUGCAGUAUGGGGUCUGCAUCCCGGACACGUGCGAACCACCGUUGGUGGCCGAUCUUACCGGUGCGUACUUUGCGGCCAAUCAGAUGAUGGUCGUGAAUGGACCACAGCUCGAUAUGUUCUGCUAUCGCGACGAGCACCGUCCCUUUCCGGCGGUUACAAUCGUGGCGAUCGUUCUUUUCUCGGCCUACGGCGCUUUGCUGCUGCUGGCGACGGUAGUGGAGCUCCUUUUUAUUCACCACCGCCAGCAGGUACCCGGAUUCGUGAAGCGCUUCUCGGCCUACACAAACCUGGGUCACGUGCUUCGCAUAACGCCUCGGGCCGAAGGAAAGGACGGUGUGCUCGAGUGUGUCAACGGCAUCCGGGCGCUGUCGAUGCUGUGGAUUAUCGUCAAUCACGUGCACGACUCAGCGCUCGGGUUGCCGACGUUCAACAGCCCCGUCCGUCAGGAGUACGCCGAGAGCUACUUCGGAGUGCUGUUCCACCGGCUGGGCGGUAAAGCGGUCGACAUUUUCCUCAUGCUCAGCGGCAUGCUGGUGUCGAUGAAGAUGCUGCGCGAGCUGGAACGAGCGCGCCGGUUGAACGUCUUGGAACUGUGGUUGCAUCGGAUCGUACGCCUGACGCCCGCCUAUGCGGCCCUGGUGCUGUUUGGCAUUGCGUUCGUGGAUUGGUUCGGCGAAGGGCUGCUCUAUAAACUGGUCGCCAGUGAACUGCUGACGGCGUGCAAUAAAAGCUGGUGGGGCGCCCUGCUGUACGUGCAGAACUACUCGCACUACACGUCGAUGUGCUUCGCGCACACAUGGUACCUUGCGGUGGACAUGCAGCUCUAUGUGGUCUCGCCGCUACUCAUCUAUCCGCUGUGGCGCUACGGUAAACGGUUCGUGCCGGCGAUCGUCCUGCUUGCCCUGCUGUCGAUCAGUUGCGUUUUCGCCACCUUCAUGGUGAACGAAUACCGGUUGAACCGUUCGGCUCCGCCGGGUGAUGGACUGAUGCCACGCAAAGCCUACCAUCCGACCCAUGCCCGCAUGAGUGUCUGGCUGUUCGGGGUACUUUUCGGCUAUCUGCUGCACCGUACGCGAUCGGCACCGGUGAAGCUACCGACGGUGGCACUGGCAGCCGGAUGGCUGCUGACGGCCGUGAUCCUCGUCGUGACCGGAUACGCACUGAAGCAGCUCUACAUCGGUGACUAUACGCGCAUCGCGCUGGUGGCCGAUGCGUUCUACGAGUCUCUACACCGCAGCUUCUGGGCCUUCGCCGUCAUGUGGGUCAUCUUCGUGUGCAUCAACGGUCAAGGUGGGAUCGUCGAUCGGUUUCUUGGCUGCCCGCUGUGGCAACCACUUUCCCGGCUGUCCUACUCCAUGUACCUGGUGCAUAUCGCCAUCCAAGCGGUCACCCUCACGCUAGUCCUGCGCGACCCGGUUCACUUUAGCAUCGUCAAUCUGUUCUACACGGCGUUCGGGUUGAUUUGCAUCAGUGCGUUCGUCGGAACCGUGUGGUGCAUUGCCUUCGAGUAUCCUUUCUUCGGAUUGGAAAAAUAUCUAUUCAGACCGAACCGGGGUCACUCGAAGCCGGUUGCGACCACCGCUUCUUCUGGUGCGAACGAAGAGGAGCGUAAAGAAAUGUGA